AUGCCAAUCAGGCCUUCAUGCCCCAAGCCCCUAAUGGGUGGUACUAUUGCAACUGUCUCACACACUGUGGUGGGCAUUGGCAAAAAUAUAGUCAGAGAACACAUACUCAACAUACACCUUACCAACAUGACAGCCACAAACUAUCCUCAAUAUCUUUUCAAGCUUUUAUCACCACCUUGGCUCCCAUAG